CGGACGGUGAAAUAGAGGUGAGAUGGAAAUUUAAGCAGCCAGAUGAAGACAUGGGCAGCACUGAGCCUUCAGAGAGCUCGGUGAUGAUCAAUGAAGAUCCAGAGAAUGAAGAUGAGCAGGAGCUUCCAGAGCUGAGGAUCGUCCUGUUCGGGAGGACGACGGUUGGGAAAAGUACGCUAGGAGGCAUCAUCCUGGGGGACAGUGCUGCAUUCACGUCGAGCGAUCCUCAUGGAGAGCGCACAAAGACCUGCCACGUGGAAAGAAAGACAGACUCUGACAGUCACAGCGUGGUUGUUGUGGACACUCCGGGUCUGUUUAAAAUGGGAUCAAGUGAAGAGGACGUGGUGAAAGAGAUCAAGUGGGCCACUGAAAACGUUGAACCUGGUCCUCAUGUGUUCCUGUUGGUGGAAAGGCUCAAAAUCAUCACAUCUGAAGAGUUAAAAGCACUGCAGGUUUUUGAACACACUUUUGGCAAACGUGCAGUGGCCUACGUUACUGUGGUGUUCACCUAUAAAAAAGAUCCGCGAGAGAACGAAGCUGACAUAAAAGAGUACAUGAAAAAGAAUGAGCACCUCCGGGAACUGAUUGAACGGUGCCAGUGGAGGUAUUUUAUUUUUAACAUUGCUGACAGGAGCCCUGUUCAAGUCACCAAGCUGCUGGAGAAGAUAACUCAGGAGAGACAAGAUUACUCGGACUUCUUCUACACGCCUCAGAUGCUCCAGGCGGCUGAAAAAGCUGCGAACGAGGAGCGACGCGAAGACGACCGCAGGAGGAAAGCAUCAGAAAACAGGCUGGCUAUUCUUGAGAAGAGCGGAUUGAUGGGAAUAUUUCUCGGGAGCGUCGUUGGGUAUUUUAGCUGUGGUGGUGAGCUGACGCCUACAUCAGGAGCUCUACUGGGAGCUUUACUGGGUAUGAUACUGAUAAUGGGAAUGACAUUUUCAGGGAUCUGUGUAUUCGAGAAAUACCAUAAAAAGUGACUUUUCACUCAUCUGCAGGGAAUCCUGAGUUUGAAACUUUCUAAUGUUAAUUAUAGCAUCAGCACAGUGUGACACACUGACACAGCAUCUGUGAGACAGGGCUGAUGCUGCUCUAUCUAUAGCCCUGUAAAGACAUGGGCGCAGGCCCAAACGGAAAUAUAAAAAUCAUCCACUGACAAGACACUGCCCCCUGUUGGUAAAACAAGCCACAACAUACUGCAUGACCAAAAGCAGAAGAACGCAGCAGAUAAAACCCUAGAAAUUACACCUCAAACAUGUCGACACAUGUUAAUCUGUUAAACUACAGAACAAGUCAGACCUCUGAACAGCAGUAAACGGGUCAGGACAAAGCUGCUGAAAGAAACAGGAGUAGAUUCAACGUGCAUAGUUAUACAAGCACAACAUGCAGUGAACUGUGACCUGAUGCGCUCCUCGACUGUGCAAAAACAGAGAACAUUAUAUACACUAAGUAAAUACAUGCAAAGAGAACAUUAUAUACUGAUGCCUGAUUACAGAAGCUGGAACAGUUUAUUGCUGGGAUGGGAUGGGUCCUUCCAUAUCUGAGCGGCUCUGGUUCAGCAUCUUCUGUUUUAAAUGUCGUGUAGGGAAAGCAUUCUGCCGUACGGAGCAGUCUAUGAAGAGCUUUUUUAUCCUUGACACAAACCAGGAUGUGAUGGUCUGUGUGAGGAUGCUCUCCACAGCGCCUGUAUAGAAAGUCCUGAGGAUCUCUGGAGAGACCCUGAACUUCCUCAGUUGUCGUAGGUGGUACAGGCGCUGCCUGGCCUUUCUGGACUGGACCUGAAUGUGGGCAGACCAUGUCAGGUCUGAGGAGAUGUGGACACUGAGAAACUUGAAGGAUUAAAACAAUGAUCGGCACACAAACUGGUCACAUGCUGCCUCCUUGUGUUAACAAUUUUCAUUACACGUUGUAAUUACAAACGUGCCUCUGACCAAGUCUGUCCAUCCAUCCAUUCUCUUCUGCUUAUCCAACUGAGGGUCGCAGGGGGCUGGAGCCUGUGCCAGCGGUCUGAGGGACAUUUACCCUAACCCUGCUGACUGUGUGUCGCUGGACUGUGGGAUGAAGAAUGAGUCUAGAAAACCAAAAAGGGAAUAAAUGGCGGUUGUAGGUUUUACUUUUGAUUUUGACGUUUCAUUUAAAGUCUUCCAACUCAGCUUCCAGCUGUUUCAGGAAGCAUUUAUACAACAGACCAAGCAGCCUGCUGUGGAUUUUACAGUGAAACAUGAACCAGUUUCUGCUGGAGCCUCGGUGUAGCUGGAAGAAUAGAAGAUGUUUGAAUACACGGGCACUUACAUUACAGGGAAACAAACAAAGCAUUUUCACUCAUGAAGGGACACUGAGGCAAAACCACAGAAGAAGUUUUAACAAUAACUGAGACAAAGUGGACGUGUGAUCGUGUGAAAACCUGAUCCACGUUGACCAAGACCAGACCCUGGACAGCUGAGCUGUGUCGUGGUGUCUCUGAAAGAAAGCGUGUGGAGAACGAGCCGCAGUGUGUUGGUGUGGUAUGCAUCGAUGCGCUGUGUGGCUACAUCUACGGUGAAGUUACCACAAGAUCUGACACAGAAAUAUCAUCACGUGUGAGAGCUCUUCAUGUGUGCAAUAACUUCAAAUGUAAUUUUCUUGCUCUCAGUCGUCUCAUCGUAGUCUAAGGAGCUUGGAGAGAAAAGCGUCUGGACUUCUUUAAGGUUUAAAUGGUGAAGAGUCCCAGAUUUAAGCCCUAAAAUUAUAUCUUCACCUUAAAUUGUAUCCUUAUCUUAUUUAGACCCCUGCUAGCUUUCAUUUUUUUUCUACAUAUACAUAAUAUUUUUAAUUUCAUUUGUGUUGUUGUUUUGUGUCACUGGGACCCAAAUACUUGUUCCUGUUCUUGCUACCUCAUGUGUUGGAACAGCAGGUGUGGAGGACGUUCAGUCUUCACUUUGCAGGUGAAACAAAACUGAAAAAAGCCCAAAGAUCCAAGUUACCCAAAGAAGACAGGAAGUAUAAAACCUCGAACACAGAGAACUGACAGCAUGAUGCACACAAAUCAGGACUAUGAAACCAGGUGUAGGAGCCAUUUUUUUGUGAUGUUACCUUAUGUGUGCCACUUUUUGUGUAUGGUGUGUUUAUGGGACUGUAUUUAAGGUAGACACAUGUCGUUACUGUCAGGUGUUGUUGGUCGGAAGGAGCAAACGGUUUGUGAUUUACAUGAUGUUGGAUACUAAGAAAACUGUUGAACAACAAAUACAGCCGAUGGAAUGUAAUAAAGAUGUUAA